AAUCUCAAGGUGCAUUACUGCUAUUCAAUCCAAGGCCACCUUUGGUUUUAAUGACAGGUGUAUUUCGUUAUGAUAUGCUACGCUGGCAUUUUGUUGCUGUACAAGCUGCUCCAUCAUUUUCAAACAGUUUUCCGCAAAUAUUUGGUACGCGUUCUGAUAUACCUUGUUUAAUCCCAUGUGCUAUUGAUCAGGAUCCAUAUUUUCGGCUGACCCGUGACGUUGCACAUAAACUCAAGUAUCCAAAACCCAGUCUAAUUCAUGCUAAAUUCUUUCCCGCGCUUCAGGGUCCUCAAACAAAAAUGAGCGCAUCUGUGGAUAACUCUGCAAUAUUUAUGUCGGAUACACCUAAUCAAAUAAAAAAAAAG